CGCCGCGGGGUCCAAUCGCCGCACCGCUCUGCGGGAGGGCGGGUCUUGUGCGCAGCAUUGGGGAGUCGCUUCAAUUCCUCGGAGAAGCGGAGGACCGAGGCGAGGUGUGGGAAUGAACAGGAUACGCAUCCACGUGUUACCCUCGACCCGGGGCCGCCUCGCUGCCGCUUCCAGGCAGCAGGAGCCCCUGGCGUGCUCGUUCGCCCCGCGGCUCUGCCCUCACCCCCGGCUGGAGGGCCAGGAGUACUGCAUCAAGCACAUCCUGGAGGACAAGAACGCCCCUUACAAGCAGUGCAGCUACGUGUCCAGCAAGAACGGCAGGCGGUGCCCCAACGCCGGGCCCAGACCGGAGAAGAAAGACGGAGUGGCAUUCUGCACGGAACACGCUCGCAGGAACGCUUUGGCUCUACAGGCCCAGACCAGGAAGGUUUCGUCGGGACCCUCCCCAGAGCUGCUCCUGUCUCAGCUGAGUGGCUACGCCAAGACCGAGUUGGGCUCCCCGGGGCAGGACUGCAGCCGCAGCGAGGCCAGCAGGAUACUGGAUGAAGACAGCUGGAGCGAGGAGGAGCAGGAGCCCCUUGUGGUGGAUCAGACCUGGCGAGGGGACCCCGACAGUGAGGCGGACAGCAUAGACAGCGACCACGAGGACCCCCUCAAGCAUGCGGGGGUGUUCACGGCGGAGGAGGUGGCUCUGAUCACCAGGGAGAAGCUGAUCCGCCUGCAGUCUCUCUACAUCGACCAGUUCAAACGCCUGCAGCACCUCCUGAGAGAGAAGAAGCGCCGGUACCUGCACAGCCGCAGGGUGGAGCACGAGACCAUAGGCAGCAGUCUGCUGACCGGACCCGAGGGACUGUCUGCCAAGGAGCGCGAGAACCUGAAGAAGCUGAAAGCCUUGCGGCGCUAUCGCAAGCGCUACGGCGUGGAGGCCCUGCUGCACCGGCAGCUGAAGGAACGGCGGCUCGCUGCCUCCGAGAGGACUUCACAGCAGGCGCACACCACUCGUUCCAGUCAGAGGUGCAUCUCCUUUGUCGAGGGGCUUCGAUGUGCUAACCCGUGCCUGCCAAUGACCAGACACUGCGUCUCUCACAUCUACCAGGACAGCAACCAGGUUCUGUUCAAGAUGUGCCCGGGGAUCCCAGAGAUCCCCUGCGACCAGCCCGUGCACAUGGGGCAGUCCGAGGACCCCCGCUGCCCUCUGCACCUGCAGCUGCCCCCCCCCAUGCACAAGCCUGAGCCGGACCCCCUGGUUCCGGAGCAGCUGGAGCCCGGACCCCUGGACCUGUACCUGAGCGUGGCUGAGCUGCAGCCCACCGAAAACCUGCCGCUGGAGUUCAGCGACGAUCUGGAUGUGGUUGGUGAUGGGUUCCAGUGCCCUCCUUCCCCGCUGCUGUUUGACACCGCGCUGGCGCUGGAGGACCAGUCCAUCAGAGAGAUCGCCGAGGCGCCCAUGGAGAUCCUGGCCAGCGAGGAGGCAGCCGUUGCCAUGCCAACGCUGGACGAGGAGUGCACGGAAAUCGAGGACCAGGUGAAUUGUCAGCCUCCUGAGGAAACAGCAGGAGCCGGUGAGGAGACCUCGACUCUGCCUUCUGUAUCAACACAGCUGGAGGCACCUUCGGUAACCAACGACAACACGGGACCUGCAGCAGCUCCCUGAGCCCCGCGACGCUGCAGAGGAGGGAAGUGGGAGCGCUGGUCCUGAACGCUUCACUGCUGUGCAGAGAGCCGAAGGCAUGGCUUGUCUUUUGAAAGGAUGACCGUAAAGAAGUGCAGCCCUUUCUGUACUGCGUUGCAGGUCGUGAGGCAGUCCGUUCACGGCUCUCGCUGGUAUUCUCUGAGGCAGAAACACAAAGAGCGUGCUCUUGUAACUGUGGCUCCCAGAUGCAGCGUUAUAGACGAGGGAGCUGGAAGAAGGAACCUUUUUCAAGUGGUGAAGGGUGGCCUGCCGGUGAUUGCUGAUGAACCCUUUCAAGACCACCGCUGCCUCUGGGUUCUGGAGGAAAGUGAUUCUCGGUGAUCCUUCGUGCCAGGUCUGCUCUGAAGGCAGCGGGAGUUUCAGAUAGCAGCCUGUGGAGGUGGUGAUCUGCUCUUAUGGUUCUGCAAACCCUGAGUGUUUUCUAGAUGCUGUGAUGCACUGGUUUGGUGUUGGACUCUGCAGUAGCUGAUUUGUUUGAUUAAUGCAGGUCCUUGGCAAGCUCCUGGGAAAUCUGCACUCUGCAUGCGGUCUGCACUGCUUCACUGCGCCAGGAACACAGGCAGUCGCAUGCAGCUGAGUUUGAAGCAAGAGCCAGACCUGGGCUGCCGCCUGUUGUAACCCCCCCCCCCCCCUUGCGUGGCUCUCGUUCCUCUUUUAGAAAAUGACUGGGUGAAAUGUUACCAAUUUCAUUUGUAAAAAGAUUCACUGGGAUUGAGGGUUUGUCUGUUUAUUUUCUGUGUUUAAUAAAGCAAGAUCAUAUUUCUGCA